CGCCUGCCCGCCUGCACACACCACAGGCCGCCGCCACACGCCAAGUUCUUGCGGCCGAAGUCAGGCCAAGCAGCCUCGGCCUGGCCUUCCUGAAAGUCGCAUUUGAAUUUUGGCAACGACCAACGAUCAAGGAAGCAGCUCUGUCCGUUCUCCCCUCCAUCAUCAAACACCUCACGACCACAUUGAGCAUUGAUCGGCGCCCAGCAUGAGCAGGCCAGAGCAUCUCGCACCGCCCGAGAUCUUCUAUGGAGACGAUGAGGCGGGCAAAUACACUGCCAACUCGCGUAUCCAGAACAUCCAGGCCAGCAUGACACAUCGAGCCAUCGAGCUUCUCAAUCUGCCCGCUUGGAAGGCAGAGUCUGGGGCCCUUCUCUUGGACAUCGGCUGCGGGUCAGGCCUCUCGGGCGAGAUCCUCACAGAGUACGGCCACGAGUGGGUUGGCUUCGACAUCAGCCCCUCAAUGCUCGAGGUGGCCCUGGACAGGGACGUCGAGGGGGACGUGAUGCUCGCAGAUGGCGGCCAGGGUGUCCCUUACCGAGCAGGCACAUUCGACGGCGCUAUCAGUAUUUCCGUCCUUCAAUGGCUGUGUAACGCCGACUCGACCUCGCACUCCCCUACUGCUCGACUCCUGCAAUUCUUCACGACGCUCCACGCCGCCCUCUCCCGUGGGGCGCGAGCCGUCUUCCAGUUCUACCCGCAGGAUGACGAUCAAGUACGCAUGAUCAUGAAUGCUGCUACGCGCGCUGGGUUUGGUGGUGGACUGGUGGUCGACUAUCCAAACUCGAAGAAGGCAAAGAAAUUCUUCCUCGUCCUGUGGAGCGGUGGAGCGAUGACCCGACCAAAGGGGAUGGAGGAGUAUGGGCAGGACGUGGCCAUGAAUGAGGACCAAGCGCUGCCGCAGGGCUUGAGGGCGGAACAUGAGCAGGACCUCGAUGAGGACGGCGCUGGCCCUUCCCGUGCAGGCCCAGCUCAAGCCAAAUUCCAGUCGAAGCGAGAGCGAGGUGGCCGAUUUGACAAGAAGGGUGGUGGCAAGUCGAAGAAGCAACGCGCCAAAGAAGACAAGUUUGGGAUGGAAAAGGGCAGCAAGGAAUGGAUCAUGAGGAAGAAGGAGCUCUAUAAGAAGAGGGGGAAGAAGGACGUCCCUGAAAACUCGAAGUACACGGGGAGGAAGAGGAGGCCGCAAUUCUAGGGAAGAAUGUGGCGUCGCAAAGUGCAAAUUGUAUUAUACCCAAGCCAAGAAGCAACGACGAGAGUGUCGCGUGAGCUACUGUGGUGGCAUU